AUGUUCCUUGUUUUCUGCCAGCCUUACGAAGAUGAAGAAUCCAGCCAACCACCGGAGAGCAUCAGCACCUUAUUAUCUUCUAGAGGAAUGACCGACCAAGUAACGCAACUUAAAGCUCUGAAGGGCAUAUUGAUUGAUGCAACUGCAGAACCAAUUAUGCUAUCAUAUCCAUUUCUAAGCUCCAUCACAGGAAAUUUCUCUCGAGAAAUCGGCCGUGGUGGUUUCGGAAUUGUUUACCAGGGAGACCUUGGGACUAGGAAGGUUGCUGUGAAGAAACUUUCCAUCAUACCAGAGAGGUUCUCGGACACACUCUUUGUGGAAGAGAUUAAGUGUUUAAUAAAAGCAAAGCACAAUAAUGUGGUCAGAUUUCUAGGUUAUUGUGCAGAUACACAGGGGGAAUUGAUAUUAUUCAACGGAAUGCAUGUGUUGUCAGAGCUACCACAACGGCUGUUAUGCUUCGAGUAUUUUCCUAAUGGAAAUCUUGGGAAGUAUCUUGAAGAUAAAUCUCAUAAAGAUGAAUGGAAAAUUCGCCAUCAAAUGAUUAGGGAAUUUGUCAUGGUUUGA